GCAAGCACAGGUUCCCGGUUCAAUCAUAUAGGUCAUAUACAUGUAGUUCAGUGUUUGGUUCAGUGUCGUUCAGUCAAGUUCAGUACUUCGUUCAGUGCAGUUCAGUACUUGGUUCAGUGCAGUUCAGUAUUUGGUUCAGUGCAGUUCAGUACUUUGUUGACGUUCUCGAACGACCUGUCAGCGUCCAUAUUGAGCGUUCUGAAGUUAAUUUAUUAAAAAGAGAUUAAUUUAGUUCAACAAGUUAGAAGCAGCCGCAGAUUAAUCAUGUCAAUGGAGACUGUACCCAAAGAUUUACGUGGAUUGCGAGCAUGUUUAGUCUGUUCACUGAUUAAGACGUUCGAUCAGUUUGAAUUUGACGGCUGCGAUAACUGUGACGAAUUUCUUCGCAUGAAAAACAACAAGGAUAACGUGUUUGAUUGCACAAGCUCAAAUUUUGAUGGAAUGAUUGCAGUAAUGAGCCCUGAAGAUAGUUGGGUCUGCAAAUGGCAGAGAAUAAACCGUUUCUGCAAAGGUGUGUACGCGAUUUCUGUAUCCGGACGUUUGCCAGCUAAUGUCAUCAGGGAAAUGAAGAGUAGAGGGAUCGUGUACAGGCCACGUGACACAAGUCAACGAUAGAUAGAUCUAUUUACUUUAUAGUGGCAUUAUUUAUUUUUAUUUUUUUAAAUUAAUAUGGAGUGAUGGAGUGUGAUCAAUAAAAUCUUUGUAAUAAAAAAAUCAUACUUGUCUAUUAUUCAACGAUGUAGAAGAAAGUUGAGACAAAGGGUAGGAUAAAGCAGGAAGAUUGUUACUUAUGCAAUUUAGCCACAAAUUAGCACAGGUCACGUGAUAGCUGCUCUCAUUGUAAAUAACUCUACCACUUGUUACUACUGUUAAGCAUAGAGAACAAGUGAUAUUCUCACCAUGAUGUAAAGGCCAGACUGGCAAUUCUGUGACGAUCUGAAAAAAAUCAAUGUAGAUUAAAAUUAUCUUUCAACAGUUAAUAAAUAAGAUUUGUUAAUGA